AUGUUGAGUGCGUUGAAAUCCAUUUUGGAUUGGUUUAAAUCCUUGUUCUGGAAACAAGAAUUGGAGCUUACAUUGGUAGGAUUACAAAAUGCGGGUAAAACAACACUAGUAAAUACGAUAUCGUUUGGACAAAUGAAUGAAGAUACAAUUCCAACCAUCGGAUUUAAUAUGAGAAAGGUCUCUAAAGGAGGUGUGGAAAUUAAAUUGUGGGAUAUUGGAGGACAAUCCAAGUUCAGAAACAUGUGGGAGAGGUACUGCAGAGGUGUAGGAGCUAUCGUUUAUGUCGUGGAUUCAGCAAGCGAUGAACAAACUUUAGAAGUUGCUAAAAAGGAGCUUCAUGAACUUGUUUCAAAAGCAUCUCUUUCCACUAUACCAUUACUAGUUUUAGGAAAUAAGAACGAUUUACCCAAUGCAAGAUCAGCACAAGAAUUAAUAGAUAAAUUAGACUUAAAGUUAAUAACCGGAAGAGAAGUCAGUUGCUACUCAAUCAGCGCUAAAAACUCUGUAAAUAUUGACAAGACAUUGCAAUGGCUCAUAAAGAAUGCCAAGAAGAGUGAAGAUACGGAUAAGAGUAAUUAG